AUGGAUAGAGAUAUAUCAGAUCCAUGCAGUUUUGAAAAAUCUUCAUCUUUGCUCGAGGAAUCAAAGAGUGUAGAGGCAAAUGUUAAGUUGGUGAGGUCAUCGAAUUCGGUGGCCAAUAUUAGGCGUCCAUCCACAGCAUUUGAGGUGACUACUGUCCACCAAGAUGCAGCUUUGCCAGAUAUAGGUCUGGAUAAUAUACACGAAUAUGGAGAUAUUUUGAUGAAGCCCUCUUCCAACGUGCCAGUUUUGACAAGUGAAAUCCAGAUGAACUGCUCUAAGCACAAGAAAGAGAAAAUAGCUUCCAGUAAGCUAGGUUUCCAUGCCAAAAGCUCUAAUGCAACUGCAAUAAAUGCUAAAAGAGAAGUUCCUUCUUUUGAAGAUCCCAGUCUGAAUGGCUCUAGUAAAGAGCGUACCAUACGAUUCGACCAAAUCCAUGAUGAUGAAGAGCCGGGAACAAGCAGAGGAAGAGGAAGUAGUUUUCUACUAUUCGGAUCAAAUCGUGCUACUAUUCACGGUAGAGAUAUUCUCUCACGACUUAAAUUCACGUCAAAGCCCAACUCAAGCGAUCCAAGGAAUUCAACUGUAUCUAUUCUUUCACCCUGUUUAUUGCGUUUCUCACCUUCACCACUGCCAUCUCCUUCUCAUUCACCUUCGCCUUCACCACAGCAGAGUCGCUGCAGGCCUCAAUCCUCCACAUUAUCCGCAACAAGUCCAAGUGGCUUGGCUGGAGCUGAGUCAAAUGGUAUGCAACAUUUGGCUCCACCAAUGCCUCUAAGGCGGCGCCGUCAAGGUAGCAGUGUCUCACAAACAAGCAUAGAUCGUGUAAGCGUUAUGAGCGCUGGAAGUUAUUCGCACUUUUUCCGCCAAAUGGAAACGGAAGGUAAGGGCAAAUAUUCUUUUCAUACUUUUUAUUCAAAAUCAAACUGA